UUUACAGAUAAACGGACGAAACGGAAAUUGUAUACAAAACCAAAACUUCCUUUAACGCGAGUGUUGAAAACAGUAAUAAAUUCUAUUAAAUUAAAUAAUGAUAUUAAAGAAGAUAACACAAAAUUGUUAAUUUAAUUAAAAAUAAUGGAAAAAAAUAUUAAAAUUUCACACAUAGUGUAAAUAAAUUUUAAUAAUAAUGAAAAAAUCAAAUUAAUUUAGUAUGUGUUAUUUAAAUGGAAUUCUUUGUCAAACAAAUUUCAACCUUUAUUGUAUUCCCAAUGCAUUUGCAGAAAAAAUAUAAUGAAGAGAAUAAAAUAACAGAAAUUAAUGUCAUCUAUAACAGGUUGAAUGUAGUAUGAUUGUGCACAUACACAUAUAUGAGAAUGAAAACAAUACUUAAUAGUGCUGAUGAUGAUGUUCGUUUCGUUUUUGUUACUCCACACAGAACAUGAAUGUCACAAUGUUAAAAUAAGCGUAGUAUGUACAGUAUAAACAAUCAAGUCCUGUUGCCUUAGAAAGCCUAAAGGCUGCUUUUAUAAAAAACCAAACAAAAAAAAAAAAAAACAAGAGAUUGUAAAAAACAAACACCAGCAAAAAUGAAGUCAACCUUAAAUUCAAAACCAACUAUACAAAACGCAACUGAACCCACCCAACAUCAUUAGGACUACAACCGAAUCGAAACAAAGGAAGGAGUUAAAAUAAUAGACAUACAGAGAGAAUUGAGAAAAAGGGAAAAAGUCGACGAAAAACACGGAAAAUUUUUAUAAAACUGCACUAAAAUAACAGCGGCAACAAUAGUGAAAUUUUCCUUUUGAGCUCAACGUGAAUUUUUUAUUCAACUCACACCAAACCACGCUGCUCCAACAAACACACACACACAACCGACAACUAACUGUCUUUUAUAAAUUGUGUUGCAUCCUUUCAAUUCCAUUCCAGUUUAUUUACUCUUCCUAUUUUUUCUGCGUAUUGCUAAAGUUUGUACUAUAAUUUUUACUUUCUACCGACUAUAACAGCAGUAAAAUUGUAUGUGUUUGGUGCAACAGAGAAACAAAAAAAUAACUUUAACCAACAUCAUCAUCGUCAACAUCAUUGACUCACAGUAGAGCAACAAAAUACAGAAACAACAGCAGCAGCAUAAUGUCCUCGUGCCCUUCAGGAUUAAUCGCUUAUUCAGCAAUCGUUUUACUUUGUACUUCCGGUAUAAAAGCCAGUUGGGAAGAAUGGUGGACAUAUGACGGUAUAUCCGGACCAAGUUUUUGGGGCCUUAUAAAUCCACAAUGGAAUAUGUGCAAUAAAGGUAGACGACAGUCACCCAUCGAUAUAGUACCAGAUAAAUUAUUGUUUGAUCCAUUUCUACGGCCAUUGCACAUAGAUAAACACAAGGUUUCCGGUACACUACACAAUACAGGUCAAUCGCUUGUCUUUCGCGUUGACAAAGAUACAAAGCAACAUGUUAACAUAUCCGGUGGCCCUUUGGCAUACAAGUAUCAAUUUGAGGAGAUAUAUAUACACUAUGGUACGGAAAAUACACGUGGAUCAGAACACUAUAUACAGGGUUACAGUUUUCCGGGAGAGAUACAAAUCUAUGGCUUCAACAAGGAAUUGUAUCAUAAUAUGUCCGAAGCUCAACACAAAUCCCAAGGUAUUGUUGGUCUUUCGCUAAUGGUACAAAUUGGUGAAACACCAAAUCCUGAAUUGCGCAUCAUAACAAGUACAUUUAACAAGGUGCUAUUUAGAGGAUUUUCAACACCCAUCAGACAUUUGUCUGUGCGUGCUUUGCUGCCAAAUACAGAUCAUUAUAUUACCUACGAAGGAUCCACCACACAUCCCGGUUGCUGGGAAAGUACUGUCUGGAUUAUAGUUAAUAAACCAAUUUAUAUUACAAAACAAGAGUUAUACCAACUGAGGCGGCUGAUGCAGGGCUCAGAAAAUACUCCAAAAGCUCCUUUAGGCAAUAAUGCACGGCCGGUGCAAAAUUUACAUCAUAGAACUGUUAGAACUAAUAUAGAUUUUAAGAAAAAUAAGAAUCAAAAUGCUUGUCCUUCCAUGUAUAAGGAUAUGUAUUAUAGAGCGAAUCGUUGGUCACCUGAUACAGGACUAUUGAUUCGUUGACCCAUUAUGGAUAAAAGCCGACAUAUAAAUGGCAAAAACAAUUAUGAU